AUGGCGGAGCCUCCAAUCGUCCUCGAUGGCGGAACGGGUUUCUUGAAAGUCGGAUAUGCCGCGCAGAACUUCCCAGAACACCAGUUCCCCUCGAUAGUCGGGCGUCCAAUCUUGCGAACAGAAGAACAGGCUGGUGACAUAGUAGUCAAGGAUAUUAUGUGUGGAGAUGAGGCCGCUGCCGCCAGAUCUAUGCUUCAGAUCUCCUACCCUAUGGAAAACGGAAUUGUGAAGAACUGGGAAGAUAUGCAGCAUCUAUGGAACUUCACCUUUUAUGACAAGAUGAAGAUUGAUCCCACAGGCCGAAAAAUCCUCUUGACUGAACCUCCAAUGAACCCUCUUAGAAACCGAGAGAAGAUGUGUGAGACCAUGUUUGAAGGAUACAACUUUGGCGGCGUAUACGUUGCCAUCCAGGCUGUCUUAGCGCUCUAUGCCCAAGGACUGAGCAGUGGUGUCGUUGUGGAUUCUGGCGAUGGCGUAACUCACGUUAUUCCGGUCUAUGAGUCCACAGUCCUGAACCAUUUGACCCGUCGUCUCGACGUUGCCGGUCGAGAUGUCACCCGUAACCUUAUUGCACUUCUCCUUCGUCGAGGCUACGCCCUCAAUCGGACAGCGGAUUUUGAAACCGUACGCCAGAUUAAAGAGAAGCUUUGCUACGUCUCGUACGACUUGGAGCUGGACAAGCGCCUCUCUGAAGACACUACUGUACUGGUGGAAUCAUAUACUCUCCCCGAUGGCCGAGUUAUAAGGGUCGGAAGCGAACGUUUCGAGGCGCCCGAGUGUCUAUUCCAGCCACACCUCGUCGAUGUUGACCAACCCGGUAUUGCCGAACUAUUAUUUAACACCAUACAAGCUGCCGACGUGGAUGUGAGAAGCAGCUUGUACAAGGCUAUUGUUCUAAGCGGCGGUAGCAGCAUGUACCCGGGCCUACCGUCCCGACUAGAAAAGGAGUUGAAGCAGCUAUGGUUGACCAGAAAUCUACAUGGCGACCCCGAGCGGCUAGACAAAUUCAAACCGCGAAUCGAAGAUCCCCCACGAAGACGACAUAUGGUCUUCCUUGGAGGUGCGGUACUUGCAAAUCUGGUAAGUGUAGACGCCUCCAAUUAA